AUGAUGAAUCAUCAUGAAUCGUCUUCACCAUCACCACCACCACAGGAUGCGCAUCAUAUUUUACUGGAUGGCAAAGUGGAGUAUGAAUUGGAGGAAUUGAGUAGAAUUUUACUUGUUCAUGAACAAUAUCAAUUGGUGGAAUCAUCAUCUUCUCUUCGGGAAAAGUUGGAAUGGUGGGAAGAAGCCAAGUUUUUGAAAGAACAGGGAUUUUUGUUUCCAUCAUCAUCUAUCACAUUCCAACAACAAUUAACGAUGGAGGAAUUGGAGGAACUCAAAUUUGAAUGCGAGGAUGAUGUUCUUCCAAAAUAUUUGCUUCCUUUGUCUUCAUCCCGAAGAGAUUUGGAAAUAAUUUUAAAUCAACUGAUGAAUUGCAUUGAGAAGGAUCCAGUGGUGAGAGAAUGGAUUGUCGAAAAAAGCCUUCAUUUACUCAACACUAGAGGAAACCAAGCAGAAAUCAAGCAUUUGUUGGCUUACUUUCCAAUAAUACUGCAAAAUGUAUUUGAGUUCAAACAAGUUGAUUUAAGAGCAAAAACUAAAGAUGAAAAUUCGGAGGAGGUUGAAAUAGUUAUAGAUCCAAGAGUAGAAGAAAAUAUCAUGAAGUCAGUCUUAUUCUCAUUGAAGGACAGGCUUGAUCAAAAGCAUGUUAUUAUAGAUUUGUGUUUUGCUUUUUUAUAUUUAAGAUCGAAAGAGUAUGAAAAGGCAGAAAUUUGUUUGGUUCAUGUUACGAAUGAGAGUGAACUGCUAGAUAAUGAUCUAAUUCUCAAUUAUUUAAAAUUGCUUUUGGGACAUGUUCUGAGAAUUAAUUUUAAAUUGGACGUCAGCGCCUAUUAUUUUAGAAAAAUUAUAAAUGAGCAGCCAUUUAAAACAUUGUACAAUAUGCAUAUGUAUUCAGCAAUAUAUUUAUGGCUUGGAGAGAUCAUGGAAUCCAUGGGUUAUGAUGUUUGGGCAACUGAAUGUUAUUUGAAAUGCUGCACUUACUUUCUAGAACAUCCUAAUUUUAAUCAUCCAUUUGUGACUAUUGGAUUUGUGUAUUUGAAAAUAGCGGAACUGUUUUUUAACAUUAAUCACAAUGUUCAGUAUUGUAAAGUAUACUAUCACAGAGCGUACUUAGCGUUGGAACGACAAUAUUUUAAAAGAAACAAGACUUUUAUUGAGCUAUCCCCAUUCACUACCAAGUAUAACAGAGCAUCUAUUGCCAUACGUUUGGGAUGCAUUUACUACCUCGAACAACAGUUCAACAAGUCCAUAGAUCUCUUUACAGAUGCAGAGAAGCUGCUAUUAGCUUUACGAUUUGCUACUCGAGAUGAUGAUUCUGAAAAAGCAAUUGAAGCUUCUACAAGUGCUCCAACCUCUGUAUUUGCCAUUCUUCAAACUCUUCACAGAAAAAUAGCUAUUAAUUUUUGUCGACUAGGUCAAUAUCAGAACGCUGCUCGUUACGUCAUAUAUCGAUUAAUUUUUGAGACAUCACCACAACAAGGUACAGAAUUAGAUUAUCAAAAACAGUUGAAUUUCAUGUUGCAAGAGAAGGAGAGAGAAAAAAGAGAAAGACAAUCCCAUGCGAAAGGAGUAAUUGCUCAAGAAAAUAAUGUUUGCUUUCUUGCUUUGUGUUUAAUUUCUUUUCACAACGACCGAUAUGCCGAGGUUUCAAAAUAUUGUGAAUUAAUAUUUAAAACCAAUGACUCAGAAAAGGAAGUGAAAUUACCACUACUAACCUUUCAAAAGCUGUUCUCUAUUGUUAUUAUGAUGAGAAGAUAUGAUUUAGCUCAGUUAAUCCUCUCCAAAUAUCUACUUUCUAACAAAAGCUAUGCACUCGGGUUUUAUGUCCUUUUUUUGGUAUCUAUUAAGAAUAGGGAUGAAAAUGCAAUUAUUGGCAGUUGGAAAAAGUUUGAUGAGGCCUAUUCCACCACUAGACCCAACAAGAUUUUCGAACCAAUGCGAGAAUACUGGCCUUUCAUGAUUUCUAAAAUUUUGAAUAUUAAGCUUCCUGUGAACAGGUUGUAG